AUGGAGCUGGCAGCCGGGAACCUCAGCGAGGGGAACGCUAGCGGGCCCAAGCCCCCCGCCCCGGAGCCCAGACCGCUCUAUGGCAUCGACGUUGAGAACUUCAUCACUCUGGUGCUCUUCGGCCUGAUCUUCGCGUUCGGCGUGCUGGGCAACAGCCUGGUGAUCACCGUGCUGGCGCGCAGCAAGCCGGGCAAGCCGCGCAGCACUACCAACCUGUUCAUCCUCAACCUGAGCAUCGCCGACCUGGCCUACCUGCUCUUCUGCAUCCCCUUCCAGGCCACGGUGUACGCGCUGCCCACCUGGGUGCUGGGCGCCUUUAUCUGCAGGUUCACCCACUACUUCUUCACUGUCUCCAUGCUGGUCAGCAUCUUCACCCUGGCCGCGAUGUCGGUGGACCGCUACGUGGCCAUCGUGCACUUGCGGCGCUCCUCCUCCCUGCGGGUGUCCCGCAAUACGCUGCUGGGCCUGGGCUUCAUCUGGGCGCUGUCCAUCGCCAUGGCCUCGCCCGUGGCCUACCACUACAGCCUCUUCCACUUGGAAGUCAGCAAUCAGACCUUCUGCUGGGAACAGUGGCCCAACCAGGGCCACAAGAAGGCCUAUGUGGUGUGCACCUUCGUCUUUGGCUACCUGCUGCCGCUUCUGCUCAUUUGCUUCUGCUAUGCCAAGGAAAUUCGAGAUGAUCAGAAGUCAUUUUAUUCCUUCAUGCCAAAUGGACAGAGCCUGCGGGGCUGCGUCCCCUUUAUACGGUGUCACACCAUGAUUAAGAACUGCUCCAUCAUUCAGUUCCUGAAUAACCACAAAGUGAAUUGA